GCGUCGCUUGCGCUUACACGAGGACAGCUCAGCAAAAUGGCCGCGAAGAUGGACAAAGUCGACAUGUCUUUGGACGAUAUCAUCAAACAGAACAAGAAAACUACAAGAGGAGGAAGGAGAGGACGUGGAGGAAGAGGUAGAGGGAGGGGUGGACCAGUAAGAAGUGGUAGAGGUCGCGGAAUUACCAAGAAUAGACCGACACCGUAUUCAAGACCCAAACAAUUACCAGACCGAUGGCAGCAUGAUCUUUUUGAUGGCGAUAGUGGUUUCAGAGGAGGAAGGAACCGUAGCGGUGGUAUUUCCACCGGCUGCAAACUUCACAUUUCAAACUUGGAUUUUGGUGUUUCAGAUUCGGACAUUCAGGAAUUGUUCAGUGAGUUUGGAGAUUUGAAGAAGGCCACAGUCCAUUACGAUGUUUCUGGUCGAUCUCUAGGCACAGCUGAGGUUAUUUUUCAACGACGUGAAGAUGCGCAGCGUGCCAUGAAACAGUAUAAUGGAGUUCCUCUUGAUGGAAGGGAAAUGAUUAUUGAGUUGGUGACUGGUUCGUCAAAUAUUGGUAGUGGUGGUGGUGGUUUCCAAGGACAAGGGCAAAGAAGGCGCCAACAAUUUAAUCAAAGCAGAGGUGGUAACAGUAGAAGAGGCAGAGGACGUGGUAGAGGAAGGGGAGGAAGAGGAGGUGGCUCUCAAAAGGCUAAUGUUACAGCAGAAGAUCUUGAUGCUGAACUGGAUGCUUAUCAUGAAGAGGGAGAUGUAGACAUGGAUGAUGAAUAAGCAAACUUUCAUCUCUCUCAAGCAUGGAUACAUACUUAAGAAACCAGACCUAAAACACGGACAUUGGAGAUUAAGCUCUUGAAUAUUUGCCAGUAAACAUCUUGUUAACAUAUAUGACACUAUCAAAUUGCUUUUUCAAUUAAUAAAUUGUCAAAGCAAUGUCUGAAUUUUCCAAAAUUAAUAUUCUUCAUGUCUUUCAGCCCAGGUUUUACUUUUUUUUAUGUCACUUAUCUGCAAUGUAAUGUUUGGAUAAUUCAGGUAGUGAAGCCUAAUCUCAGUGCUAUUGUCUUGUUGUUAAAGGAGAAACUUUUAAGAAAGUGUUAUUUUGAUGAAGACUUUGUGAUAAAUUUGUUUGAUGCUACUUUGUUCACAAGAACUUUAAUGAACAAAAGUUAUUGUGUAUUGAAAAGUCACAAGUAUUUUUAGAAAGUUUGGUCAGGAUUUGUUUCAGUCAUAUAGUUCAAUUUCUCAUGAAUAUCAAAUCCAUACUUCAAUAAUUAGUGUCCUCCAAGAAAAGAGUUGAACAGUGCCUUUGAAGUUUCCUUAAUUUCUGUUUAGACUCCACAUUUAUAAGGAUGUUAAUGUUGUUAAGGGAAACACUUGUCAAAACAAUUUUUUAACCUUGUUAAAUAAAUGUAGAUAUUUGCUUGUGCAAAUUUUGUCUGAUUGCUUUUCAACUGUGAUUUGUCACACCUGUAGAACAUUGUAAAAGUUUGUCCAAUGUACAUGACUUGGAAAAGAGAGUUGAUAAGUGCAGCACUGAAGUGAAUACAAGGAAACUUUUAUUCAACUUGACCAUGUCAUGGAUUUAUUCAGACUUUAGGGGCUCUGAAGAUACAAUGUAUAGGUGGUCAAGUUUCUAAUGCAGCUGUUUAGAACUUGUCGUACUUAUGAAUUAACAUCCUGUUCAUUGUAAGCUUAUUCUAGUCAACAUUUCAAGUUUAAGUAGUUGCCUUAAGUUAUAGAUCAUUUUUAUUUUUCAAUCAGUGACCUAUUGAAGUGGAAUAUUUUAAUAAUCUGAUUUUUGAAGUUCCAUUAGAUCAAAUUUGUUGUGAUGUGUUAGAUAAAAGUAAUGUAAUUCAUGUACUUUCUCAGAGGAUGGGAAUUUUUAGUGUGAAAUAAAGUGUUGUUUGUAGAAAAUU